GGAGACUUGGUCUUGCAAUGGAGCUGCGGAGGGAGCCUGGAGCGCUAUGCACCGCCCCCAACAGCUGGAAGAGAGGCCAGCAGAGAAGGAGACCCCCGCUUCAGCUCCAGGAGCUCCGCAGCCAAAAGCAAGAGAGAAAGAGGCACCUGGAGCAGCUCCAUCGCACCUGGAGGGAGCUCUGCGCCCUUGGAGGCCUGGAGAAGGACUCCCGGGACCAGCAGGACAGGCAGGGCCAGGAGCUGCUCCAGUACCAGAUAUUUCAGUUUUAUCCUGAACAGAACUGGUUACGCAUUCAUGAAGCUGUGUGGCUACAAUCCCUCUUUAGAGCUUUGCUGGAAGGAGAGAGCAGUCAGUGGAUUCUUAUGUGGGAUGAAGAGCAUGGAAGGAAAUUACCGCCAGGUGUCCGGGACAUGCUUUAUGAAUACAGCAACCGCCAUUUGGCUUAUCAAGAGAAGAAAGGAAAGAGAGCUCUCCCGGCAAUCCAGAAUGUUGACACAAGAUAUAAAUCCCCUUUAACAAAUAUUAGCAGCUCCGCGAUUUAUUCAUCUCAAACAAAAACCGAGAGAACGCAGGGAGCUGCUCCUGGGAAAAGUUUAAGGAGAGAUGCUUUCAGGCCGGAGUAUCAUCCUUCAGCUGUUAUCAAAAGGGAUGCGACUCGGACAGAGCAAAGAGCGACCCGAACCUUUACUCAACCCUAUCUUGUUAGCCAAGCAAGUGAAACUAAACAAACAAUCCUUCCUGAAAGGAAAAGAACUGAAGCUGGAAGUACUGUGUCUUUCUCAAAAGAAUCCACAAGUAUCCAGAAACAUACCACAAGUCCAAAUAUAUCGGCAAAUAUGAAAACCAGAGUUAGUAUUCCGACAUUUCCAUCUCACGGCCUGAGCUCCAGUUCAAGAGAAACUAAAUACGAGAAAACCAUAGAGAGAACUCAUCCCAAUGAUCAGGUCAAAGACAGUAAGCUGGUGAAAGAGGGAAAGACUGUUUUGCUAGAAGAAAGCAAGGAAAAAGAAGCACUAGCCAAAGAAAGAACAUCUCCUGAUACUGAGAGGUUUAGAGAGAAAUCGGUUAGAGUAGAAGAAAGAAGUGCUAACUUUGAACCGAAAACCGAAAUUAAGCAAGGUGAGAAAAAGCAGACAUUGCAAGAAUUUACCCUUAUACAUAACAGAACAAAUGACAGGUUUAUGGCAGAUACAACACCCAAGGAUGUCAUAUGGCAAGAACAGAUUAGAAGAGAUGCAUCAGAAAAAAAUGUUCCGGCAGAUAGAAAGAUGGGGGAAAGUCGUUCGUUUCAAAAGGAGAGAAAUGUGAGCAUGGUGACCCAAAGCAAAGAAGCUGUUGAGAUCCCUCUCCAGUCGGAUGUGCGUACUCAUGGCCAGACAUUGAAGACCAAUAAUACAGAACAUAGGCCAUCUUCUGGAGGAGGUCAGAAGGGUGAAGCCCCAUUUAAACUCACCAUGGAACUAAAUAAAGAUAGAGUAAGUGAAGACGAAAGCUCUAGGAUGGAUACCUUACUUACAGAAAGUAUAGCAGAAAACAUUGUUUCGGACAUUCUUAAAGGUUUUGUGCAAAAGUCCUCUGAAACAGGACCUUCCGCUGCUACCAAAUCCACCGCCUUUGAGAAGAAAGAAGUUUUAUCGGAUGGCAAAUUAAAGACUGAAAUCAAUGUACAGGCCACCCUUCAAGAUGAUAUGAAUGUUUCUGAUGAUUUUGACCUGGUAAGUUUCUUAAAGAAAGAUGCUAAAAAAGUGAUGGAAGAGAGUAAGGGAACUCCAUCCAGAGGUGUAGUAGAAGACAUAGUUAAUGCUCGGGUGAAAGGGAUGGAGGGCAAAGACAAAAGGACCGUUCACGUUGAAAUUGUUGAAGAGCCGCUAGGAUCUUCAGCCGAGGAACGCAUGGAGUUUUCAACACCAUUUGAAGUGGAGGAAGCAGAGGAUAUGUUACCAAGUAUGACCAAACGUCCAUACCAUAGUGAUGAAGAGAGACGUACCACAUAUUUUGACAGUGUAAUAAAGGAAAAACAACCCAAUGUGAUUGUGACCCAUGUUGAAGAAGUAGCUGAGGGGGAUGACGUAGUUGAUGAAGAAAAGUACUUUGUGUCUACUCCAGAUGAGCAUCCUUUGGGCCACGCGGACAAUGAAAGCUCCGUAUACGGUCAAAUCCAUAUUGAAGAAGAAUCAACUGUUAAAUACUCAUGGCAAGAUGAAUUUCUUCAGGGAUCUCAAACAAAGAUAGGUGAAAGUACAGGGUCCCCAGAGUUAAUCUAUCAGGUGAUGGGAGAAGAGGCAGGUGCCUUUAUUUCAAAGGAAGAUGCUCCAAAGGAGCAGGUGGCACAUGCUGAAUCCAUUGUUAUUGAGAAGGAGAUUAAAAUACCACAUGAGUUCCAGGAGUCGAUAAAAAAAGGCAGAAAAACUUCACACACCAUCAAACCAUUUCCAAGUUGA